AUGGGCCCAAGAGGUAGAGGUCGGGCCGGAUUCCGGGGAGGAGGAAGAGGAGGAGCCCGAGGUGGCGGUAGAGGAGGAGCAAGAGGUAGAGGAGGCGCGAGAGGCAGAGGUAGAGGAAGAGGAGGCAGAAGGUUUGAUACUGCGCGUCUGGAAGAAAAGGAGUCUUCGGAUGAUGAGUCUCAAGAAGAGUUGGACUCUGAGGCUGAGGAGGACUCUGAUAUCUCCAUGUCUGAUGAUGAGGACGAGGACGAGCAACCCAAAAACACCCGCCCUUAUAUGGCGCUCCUCCAAGGAUUCACGGAGUCUUCAGAGCCGAGUGCUAAAAGACGGAAGCUCGAAACUGGCAAGCCAGAAAGCACCGCCAAGGCUGAGUCUGAAUCUGAAUCUGAUGAUGAUGAGAUCGAGGAGGAAGACAAGGAUGUCGAUAGGGUCGAGGAAGCUGAAGACCCAACGGCUGAUCUGGAGGAGGAAGCGGAGCAGAGCGACGAUGAAGACGACGUUGAUGCCUCAGAUCCGUUCGACAGCCACUUCACGACCCCUGAUGAAGAGAUGACAGCGAAGAGAGUCAAGGCGAUUCAGAAGAAUGAGUGGACUUUCAAGCGGACAAUGUCCAAGGUUUCGAAAGCUGUGGUGACAUUCCCUCAAGUGGAGGGAUCAGAAGCCCCGCCGAUUCUCUCACCUAUUUCCAGCUUGGAUAGCCUCAAGCUGAAGCAGAAGCUGCGGGAGACCGCCUCUAAAAAGAUGGCCUCGCUCGACAUGCUGCAGCGAGCCAUCGCCCCGACGAUAUUCAACUACAAUGACCUGUUGUACGAUAAUCGAAACACUCAAAACUCCAACGGUUUACGGCAGCUUGUGUGCUUACACGCCGUCAACCACGUCUUCAAGACCCGAGACAGAGUCAUCAAGAACAACUACAAACUCUCAAGGGAAGAGAAUGCCGAUCUCGAGCUCAGAGACCAGGGUUUCACCCGCCCCAAGAUCUUAUUUAUUCUGCCGACCAGACAGUCCUGCUUGAAGAUUGUGAAUACAAUUGAGGAGAUCUGCGCGCCGGACCAGCGGGAAAAUAGAAAGCGGUUCGACGAGGCGUACACCGAUGAGGACGCCAGGUUCGGGGAAGACAAGCCCUCCGACUUCCGCGAACUAUUUGAGGGCAACGACGACGACAUGUUCCGGAUUGGCAUGAAGUUCACGCGCAAGACGGUCAAGUACUUUUCGCAGUUUUACAACUCGGACAUACUCCUCGCCAGUCCCCUGGGUCUCCGCAUGGCCAUAGGCUCCGACGAAGACAAGAAGAAGAUGGACUACGACUUCCUCAGCUCCAUCGAGAUGGUCGUCGUCGACCAGGCCGACGCUCAGCUGAUGCAGAACUGGGAGCACGUCGAGUACAUUUUUGAGCACAUGAACCUCCAACCCAAGGACGCCCACGGCUGCGACUUUGGCCGCGUGCGCAGCUGGUACCUGGACGACCAGGCAAAGUACUUCCGCCAGACCAUUGUCCUUUCGGGCUUCAACACCCCGGAGCUCACCGAGCUUUUCCGCACGCAGUGCCACAACUGGGCCGGCAAGGUCCGCUUCCAGGCAGACUACCCCGGCGUCCUCACGCAGCUCGGUCUCAAGGCCCGCCAGACCUUUUCCCGCUUCGAGUGCCGCUCCAUCGACAAGGAGCCGGACGCGCGCUUCGACUACUUCGUCUCAGCCAUCCUCCCGUCCCUCAUCAAGCGCGCAAAGGACACCUCGGGCACGCUCAUAUUCAUCCCCUCGUACCUCGACUUCGUCCGCGUGCGCAACUACUUCGCCGCCAACCCGGCCGUCGCCGCCCUCUCCUUUGGCACCAUCUCCGAGUACGCCGACGUCCCCGAGGCCUCGCGCGCCCGCUCGCACUUUUUGACGGGCCGGCACAAGGUGCUCUUGUACACGGAGCGAGCGCACCACUUCCGGCGCACGCAGAUCCGCGGCGUCCAGCGCGUCAUCAUGUAUAGCCUGCCGGACAACCCAAUCUUCUAUCGCGAGAUCGCGGGCGAGUAUCUCGCCCGCAGCGAGCAGGACAUGAAGCUGGAGCCCGGACAGGGCAGCGUGCGCGUCAUGUUCUCCAAGUACGAUGUCAUGAAGCUAGAGCGUGUUGUCGGCACGCAGCGUGUAGGCAAGAUGAUUCAGGAGAAGGGCGAUACCUUUGAUUUUGUAUAA